AACGGACGAUACAGACGAGCGAAUGCAGCUCGUCGACAACGACACCUUCCUGAGUCAUUUGGGCUCGCUAUUCGAGUCCUCGAAGGAAAAGGGAUCGAUAUGGCUCACCCAUAAACGACUCACGCAUGAUGGCGAGGACGCUACGAUGCAUUCUGUGGAUGAAGACAAGGAGUAUCCCUGUCUCAUCCGUCUGACGAACGGGAAGGAUGUCAACUAUUCUACACAUAUCUCCUCCACGUCCCUCCCCAAAUUUCACUCCCUCUACGGCUCCCUCCUCAAAUCCCAUCUAAACCCUCUCUUACGCAAACGCGACAAAAAGCGGGAAAAGCAACGCGCGGAAGAGAUCACUGCGAGGAAGAAGAAACUCAAUGAGCCCGUGGUUGUGGAAGGACCGAAGAGGGGUGCGGGGAGGAAGAAGAGGCAGCGGAAGAUGAAGGCAGCUGUUCGGCAGGAAGAGGCGAAGAGGAGGAUAGAAGAGAGAGAAGCUGAGAAGAAGAAGUGAGGAUGGAGUGGCUGAAGGUGGGUAUCUACGGUGUACUAAGGACGGACUGACCAAGUAAAAUUCAUGGAAAUGGAAUGAAUACUUCUG